AUGUCGUCCAGACCCAUUAAAGCAGGUCGGCGUUGUCUAUUUCAGGUAGGCAGUUGUCGCUUCUACUCCAAGAAAUACCACCCAUCACCUAUCACAUGCCACUCUUACAUCGACGAUGAUUUUCUCUCUCUAGUGAGCAAGAAACAGAUUGCCCAACACUUGAGCGAUUUAGGAGCUUUCCCUUCGUUUUCCAGCAUCCUAACGCCUCAACAUUUUUACCAGAACGAGGUAUUGAUGAAAUACUCCAAGCAAAAGCCGCAUCCGGUGUCGCUUCGUCAACUCGCAGGUUACGGAAAGACAUUGACAAAGCAGAAGAUAUUGGCGUCUGCAAAUUUUGUGAGGAUCGAAUUGCCCAUUAGAUUGGCCAUGCGAAUCAGAGAUUUGCAAACUUUGCCUUUUGGUGUGGUGAACAAUUUCCAUUUGGCCCAGAUUUAUGAAAGUUACUACCACUCUUUCAAUGCUUUUCGAAAAAUUCCGCAGGUGACUACGCUUAGCGAAAACGACGAAUUCUGUCGUAAAAUCAGUACUUUGUUGGACCAGCACGUUUUCAACUUAUCGCACUUGAUGAUGGGCGCUUUGGAGCUGUGCAUCCUAAACACACUUCGCCAAGAGGAACUAGAUAUGUUUAUGAGUUCGAUGCUUCGCUCACGUAUCAGUAGGAGAGUCAUUGUUGAGGAACAUUUAUCCCUCACCGAGAUCUACAAGAAGCAUCCUUAUCAAAGCAAACCACCCGAUUAUAUUGGAGAGAUAUUUCAGAGGUGUGAAGCACGCGAACAUUUCAAUAUAGUGGCCGACACUGUGAAGAAAUCCAUGUUGGAGCACUUCCCCAACGAGAAGAACUUGCCGGACUUGAACAUUGAAGGCGACGUCAAAACUUCAUUUCCCUUUAUGGUGCCACACUUGCAUUAUUUGUUUGGUGAAAUUCUCCGUAACUCGUACCAGGCGACAAUCAAAACUCAUGGCCUGUCUUCCAACAAGAAGCUUCCACCUAUCAAAAUCACCAUCAUAGAUACCAAGAAACAAGUAAUGUUCCGUAUAUCUGACGAGGGUGGUGGAAUCUCUCAUAAGAAACUUGCAUCAAUUUGGUCGUUUGGUAAGAAUCCGGAAUUGGCCAGACAGUCAUUGGCUAAUUUCCACAGAAUUCCAGGUUUACAAAUGUACUCAAAUCUUCAGGUGACUCCAGCGGGGUCAUCUAUUGUCGAUAAUCGGGACGCUCUUGGACUCACCUCUGUUGGUGACAUAGGACAGGUUUCCACGAAGGAGAAAAAGUCCACGUUGGAGCAGUUGACUACGAGGCCAAAUCAAUACAAGCUUGGACUUGGGUUGCCUAUGUGCAAAGUGUAUGCUGACUACUGGAACGGCGAUCUUACUAUGAACUCUUUGGAAGGCUACGGUAGUGACACUUGCUUAACAUUGAGCAAGCUCGGCUACCACUCUAGUGUCAACCAGUUAGACCGUGCUUAG